AUGGAAAAAUUCAGCUUGAUGUGUCCUUGGCCAUCAUCAGAUGACUUGUGCAACAAACAUUACUUGGUGCCAUCUAUGUUGCGAACGCUUCCACCAAAGCAGAUAAGUGAUCUAGUAAACUCUGCCCAACUCCCCUCUCUUUUUCUCAAAUUUGAUACAGGUCGGGUCCCGCCUGGCCUAUUUCCCCGAUUUGUGCUGGAAUUUUUUCAGUGGUGUAGAAAGGAAUUUCCCGGCGUAGAUCUGCCCAAAACUUAUAUCAAUUUUGCCAGAUUCAACAUCUUUCCGAGUCAAGGUCUCUCCCUGGUUCUCCUCUGCCACUCUUCCACAAUUGAGGUCGUUGUCCUCAGUGUAAAAAGUGCUAUUGAUGUGGUCGAUGUGGAAUCAAUUCGAGCUUUUCGUAACCAGCUAACCUUGAUCAUUGAUCGGGUGUGGAAAAAAUUCUUUUGGGUGAAGAACAUUAGAUGCGAAGUGUGUUUCCUUUGUCCUGUUUGUUCCUAUGGACGCGUGGUCAGCUUGUGCCCACAACAUCCCGGAGAAAGUUGUAAGCAAGAGGAAUGCCUUCACUUCAUUUCAGAGUCAGAUUUAGGCGAUGAAAAGCAGGCCGUGUGUACCAAUUCUGAUACCGCUGUGGAUAACAGGAUUCAUGCCGAACAGUUUGCUCCUUGGAUUUCUUCUCGUAAGGAAAAGGUUAGAAAAAAUGUUUUUUUCCAUGCGUGAAUUAGUAACAUAAUCAAUUAGCACGUACGUUUGGGCAGCAAGAUUGUUACUGUCAUUCGUUGUCGAAUUCUCAACAAUUCUAAACACGAGCAAAGAAAGAGCUGAUCGUGUAUAGUAAUGCAUCUGUAAUAUUUUACAACAACAGAGAGAAUUGUUGAAUCGUAUGUGAUUACAGCGUUCUUUCUUCCUAAAACAUUUAUGUCAUAACAAAUUAGAUUGCCAAAACCAUCAAGAGAUGCCAAAUAUCCUCCUUAGCAUUACAUCUUCGAUAAUUUUACAUGACUACAUUAUAAUAGUUUAAACGGCGAAUCGCAAAUAUUGGCUGCUUUUACGUGUGAACGCAAUGUGAUUAAGACUUAAAGGAGAGGAGAUUUGCCAAAGUCUCUUUUUGAAGGUCAUUUGAUGUCAGGUCACAUUAAGACUACCUUUUUCACGGAGUUACACACUCCACUCAGAUACACCACCGGCUAAUUGGGCAAUAAUUCGUUUUCAUACGAAUGAAAACGGCUUAAUUUACCCAUAAGAGCCCAUAUUGGCUACCUUUUUUUUCUUAAUUUUUUUUUUUAUCAACAGGAGUUGGCGACCCGUCAACGUGGAGAGGGGCCUAGACUUGGGAAAGGUUAGCCACCACUUUGAUCUCUCACUACACACUUCGUGUCAGUUGAUUUGUUUUAGCGAUGAGAGACGUAUCUUUCCACGGUUAUUCUGUAGUUUCGUAUUUUAAGCUUACCAUAAACGAUUCCUAUCGUCCAAUUAAUUUUUUUCUUUCCAGGUGUCUCAGAUGGGUAUCAGAGGAAAUCGCUCGUGUUGCCAAGCGAAGCUGUAGCAACACUUCAGUUACAACGUCCAAGUGUAGGCGGUGAAGGUGACAUGUUGCUAGUUCCUUCUGCACAAGGUCAGUUAUUGUUCAUUUUUCGUAUUUUAUCAUUUCACUUUAAUUACAAGGGGCUUGAAUGCAUCCUUUUCUAACCUAGCAGGGAACCCAGGAUAUUAUCAAGUCCAGCCUCUCGUAGCUGAACAGUUUGAAGGAGAAUUUAAGCAACUUAAGGAUGCUGUUAAUGAGAGCAAAGGGACAGUUGUUCCUGUUUCAAAGGGUUGGUUGGCUGUAAAUUGUUUAGUAUGAUAUGGUUGUUUUUUCCUAAGUUUUGUAUGAAGAAAAAUGGUCUUUUUCGCCUGUCGUUAUGGCCUAUCGUUAAGGGUAUUCUUAAUGGACUUUUGUCAUCGAAAUAAUUGUAAACAUGUUUUUCUUUACAUUUCCUCAUAAAUAAUGAGUAAUCAGAAGUAAAUUCGCACAUUUUAGGGUAUGGAGAAAGAUCUCUGGCGCUACCUCACGAUGUUUCCCAGUCUCUCAAGUCCAAAUCAGUCCCUGCAAGAGAUAUUGUCUGUAAACUGCUGAAUCUCUCAUCGCUGGAAGCUCCAGCUCCUGACGAUAGAAAAUGGAUCCGUUGUCUUAUGAGGGAUGCUAAGUACUAUGAUAGAACUGAUGUGGUUAAUUUCUUGAGAGAAAAUGCACCGGCGGGCACAACAGGUAAAAUUGGUUCAUUAUUGCCAGAGCUCGUCACUGAAUUCUGUGCUGUAGAGCAAUUAGGAUAAAUAUUGUUACUACUUUUAUUAAAUGAGAUGCCGAUUCAUUACGGGUAUCCCCCCCCCCUUCCUCAACUUGGAUAUGGUUCCCUCGGCAGUUCGCUGGUACCAAUUAAUACUUAGGCGAAGGAGGGUAUCUCAUAGGGAGAAAAUUGUCUUUCUCAACAUAACAAGCUGACCACUCGAUCCAGAUUACAGAGCAUGGACCCUUAACACACCGUAUUUCUCACAUUAUAUUUAACCUCGCUUAGAUAAGGACGAUGUCAGAUUUAUCUUCCUUUCGCUGCCCCUUUUGUUCAUGAUCACUUCUGUCGUUAAUGAGAUUUGAAAACAAACAUUUGACGAUACUAAAGUACUUUCGUUUCCUUUCCUUUUCAUAACGGUUAGAACAAAAUCUUAGGCAACUCUUAAAUAAUCGUUGAUCUGUUACACUGAUAUAGAAUCCUCCUAUUCUACCACUUUCAAACUGAGAUCUGUUAAGGUAUACUUUCUGUAAUACAAACAAUGCCGGGUCGUUUGAUAUAGUUUUCCAAAAUGUUCGCGUUUCGACCGUUUCAAUUCUAAAAAUUAAUUGUCAGAAUUGAUUGAAUGUAGAAGACUUUAUAAUUCCUUUUUACUUCUAGGCCCUCGGCUCGAAGAAAGCCGCAGUGUUAUGAAAAUUCCAUGGAGACGGAGAACUGACUUAGCUGUUCGUUUGUGUGGUGAGUUAGAGAGCAGUUUUUUAAUUUAUUUAUUUUGCACUUUUUUUGUAUAAGUCGCUUGUACCACGGGCAAUUGCUGUAACGUAUAGACAUAACGUAAUCUGUGGGUUCUUCUCAGCUUCCUAUCAUUACCAGUUUAAGAAAAUAUUGUUAUUAACUACUAUGAUUAGAAGUAUUUGGGAACUACUAAAAUUAGGAAGGUUCUGACUUAAUGUUUGAGGAAUUUUUAGGCCUUUUACAUUAUCUUGAAAUCGUUAUGCUGGUCUUGUGAGCCUUGGUUUGUUAUGAGCUACAAGACCACUCUUUUAUGGGUUUGUCCUUGACCUUUCUGAAGAGUCCUCAACGGGAAACUUCCAUAACUUUUAGCAAACCUGUCAUACGUUAUUUCGUUCUAACAAAGGGACUUAUUCAAGACUCAGGGCCAAAAAAAACUCGCCUUUGCUGUCUCGUUAGCGUCAAAAUCUGGCUUUAACUCAUUCUUAAAACCGGAGAAAAGUUUGAAGUUGCAUGACUUUUAUUUUGGUUCAUAUUUUCCUCUCUAUCAUAUCGAAAUUACAAGUAGCAAGUUUGUUUGAGGACUUUAUUGGCAAUACACAAGUUUUAUUUCAUUCCUUUGCACUAAUAAUGAUUGUUUUAUUUGAAGCACUCUUACCUUUCCUCUGAAAAGCUUCAAAUGUUAUUUCCGCUGUAGGAUACUUAUACAUAGAAAUACUUCUUAAGUUAUGAAAACAAAUAAAGAUUUUGUUCUUUUUGUAUAUGGGUACUACACUUAUAUAUAUAUACAUAUAUAUAUAUUUAUAAUUUAUCUUCCUUUUCAGGAGGCGAAGAGUGGAAGAUCGUUGCUGACCGACUGGGUUUUGAAGAUGCAUACAUUCGUUGUUUUGACAAUCGUUUUAAAAACCCUGUUGAGCUUAUUCUAAACCUCUCUGGCUUAAAUGUGGGGGAACUCUACGACGUGUUAGUAGAAUGUGAGUUCCCCUUACUCGCGGAUUUGUUGUAG